AUGACAUUACAACUGGCUGAUUGUUCAGUCCGUCAUCCAAGAGGUAUAAUUGAAGAUGUUUUAAUAAAGGUUGGCAAGUAUAAUUUUCUUGCAGAUUUUGUGGUACUCAAUGUUGAUGAAGAUAUGGAAGUCCUACUAAGUUUUGGGAGGUCAUUGCUACACACUUUCAAGGCAUUCAUUGACAUGGAUGGAGGCAAGAUGACACUAUGCAUAGGAGAAGAGAAGAUCAUAUACCGCCUAGCGGAAGCAAUAAAGCAUUCUCUUGACUUUGAUGACAUUUACUAUUUUUUAGAUGUUACUAACGAGAGUACUAAUGAGUAUUCACAGGAAUUUCUAUAUCCGGACCCAUAUGAAAAUUGGUCGUACAUUGAGAAGGAGGAGAUGAGUAAACAUGAGGAAUAA